ACGUCCAAUGCCCCCUCCCCCAAAUAUCCUCUGUUUCAACUGCUCUUAGAAGAGGUGGGAGCGUCUACCCUGAAUCCUGCACAGAAACCUGAAGGGGGACCUGCGGUUUACAGCACCGCGAUCCAAAGAACCGGUGUCUUUUGUAGAUGCAGAGGCUGAGCCGAGACCAAGUCACCGGAGGACCCUGUGGAUAAGGCUCCGGGUGCCAAGUAGAUGAGAUGAAAACUUCAGCACCGGUCAUCGUCAGUCAAUGGGUUCCGGAAUACAACUUCCCAGAUUGAAUUGCUGCGGGUGAAGGAUCCCACGUCGGAAUCCGUGGUCCACGUGGCUGCCCAAAGUCCCUGGGACACAGGUUCUAGGCGUGGAACUGAGCUGGGAAGGACGUGAUGGAGGGUGGCUGGAGGUUCGGCGGCGGGGUUCUUUCCUCCUUGUCGUCUGUGUUCGCACCUGGGAGCUGCCACAUGACUGAGCGGCUUGUCAAAGAUGUGUUAUGUAUGAGCGGCGCAUGCAACAGGCGCUCAAUGAAUGUGUGAGGGUUGUAUACUUGUGUUCUCACAAUGGGCGGCAACCUAGAAGGAGGUUCCAGAUUGGCAUAGGGAUGGAGGACGGUUCAGAAAGUGGGGCUUUGAGAAUCUUAACCCUGACGGUUCCCUGGGUUCCAGUAGUCCCAAGCUCUAAGAAACUCCCUGUUCAAAGCACAGGAUACACACUGGGCCUGGGGCCCUGACGCAGUUCACGCUAAGGUUGCGACUUGAAGCCACACCCCAAAGCCCAAGGCCUAAGGGACCCGCACCCUACCUAACUGGAAGAGAAAUUUGGGCGCCGGAUGAGAAUAUCUUGAAGGGAGGAAGCAGGGUCGGGAGUUUCCUUUAGCAUCCCCACAUUAUAGGAGAAGAGUGACGAUAUUUCAAGCUGGUCAGACGUCUCCCUCGGGGUUCACUGGCGGAGAGCGAGCCCUUUAAGACUAUGCCUAGUGGGUGCGUCCCGGUCUCUCCCGGGAGAGAAGGGGGCGGACCCAGAUUACUAGGCCCCGCCCCCGUCGGGGCCCGCCCCCGGAGUGCCCGCCCCGCCCCCGGCACUCCGCCGGCGGCGCCUUUGAUGUUCCGACCCGCCGGCUCCCGGAGCCGCUCAGCCCCGCGCCCUUGCCCGGCGCCCACAGCCCGCCCAGGCGGAGUCAGCCCGCGCUCCGCCCGCCGUGAUUCGGGCUCGGAGGUACAGACUCCGAGCUCGCCGCCUCCCGGGCCGGCUCCGCGCCCCGCACUCCCGCGCCCCGCGCUCCCUGCGCCCGGGCGGGUGGAGCGCACCAUGCCGCAGCUGGACUCUGGCGGGGGCGGCGCGGGCGGCGGCGACGACCUCGGAGCGCCCGACGAGCUGCUGGCCUUCCAGGACGAGGGAGAGGAGCAGGACAAGAGUCGCGACAGCGCCGCGGGCCCUGAGCGCGACCUGGCCGAGCUCAAGUCCUCGCUCGUGAACGAGUCCGAGGGUGCGGCCGAAGGCGCGGGGAUCCAGGGGACCGGCGCCGGAGCCCGUGGCGAGGCCGAGGUCGGGGCCGAGGCUCUGGGGCGGGAGCACACUUCGCAGAGACUUUUUCCGGACAAACUUCCAGAGUCUCUGGAGGACGGCCUGAAGGCCCCGGAGUGCUCCAGCGGCAUGUACAAAGAAACCGUCUACUCCGCCUUCAAUCUGCUCAUGCACUACCCACCCCCCUCAGGAGCAGGGCAGCAUCCCCAGCCACAGCCCCCGCUGAACAAGGCCAGUCAGCCAACCCACAGUGUCCCCCAACUGUCUCCUCUCUACGAACAUUUCAGCAGUCCACAUCCCACACCUGCACCUGCGGACAUCAACCAGAAACAAGGAGUUCACAGGCCUCUGCAGACCCCUGACCUCUCUGGCUUCUACUCUCUGACCUCAAGCAGCAUGGGACAGCUCCCCCACACUGUGAGCUGGCCCAGCCCUCCUCUCUACCCCCUGUCCCCUUCCUGCGGAUAUAGACAGCACUUCCCUGCCCCCACUGCAGCCCCUGGCACCCCCUACCCCAGUAACAGACCUGGUGUCAACAUAACAGCAAGGAAUUCAGCAGACAUUACCAGCCCUACUGGAGAUCACCGCCCAGGGUUUACCCAUCCAUCCUUGAUGCUGGGCUCUGGUGUCCCUGGUCACCCAGCAGCCAUCCCCCACCCAGCCAUUGUGCCCACCUCAGCAAAGCAGGAGCUGCAGCCCUAUGACCGCAGCUUGAAGACACAGGCAGAAUCCAAGGCAGAGAAAGAGGCUAAGAAGCCAACCAUUAAGAAGCCCCUCAACGCGUUCAUGCUGUACAUGAAGGAGAUGAGAGCCAAAGUCAUUGCAGAGUGUACACUCAAGGAGAGCGCCGCCAUUAACCAGAUCCUAGGCCGCAGGUGGCAUGCACUGUCACGGGAAGAACAGGCCAAGUAUUAUGAAUUGGCCCGUAAGGAAAGGCAGCUGCACAUGCAACUAUACCCAGGCUGGUCAGCGCGGGACAACUACGGGAAAAAGAAGAGGCGAUCGAGGGAAAAGCAUCAAGAAUCCACCACAGAUAACUCUCUUCACUAUUCCUAGGAGGAAAAAGAAAUGCAUUCGGUACUUACCCGGAGAAGGCCGCUGCCCCAGCCCCGUUCCUUCCGAUGACAGUGCUCUAGGCUGCCCCAGGUCCCCAGCUCCCCAGGACUCACCCUCAUACCUUCUGCCACAGUUCCCCACAGAACUGCUUGCUAGCUCAGUGGAGCCGGCACCGAAAUCCACAGGUCUCUCAACUGUUCUCAGUCUCCCCACCCCUGGACCCCCACAGGCUCCUCACAGCGCUCUGCAGAACACACAGGUACAGCAACAGGAAUCUCAGAGGCAGGCGGCCUAGCAUGCAAAGGACUCCUGGCGUCCUCCAGGGACCUAUCCCCAACUCCUGAGAGGAAGCAGCAGAGGCCCAAAUCAUGUGGAAACCAGCCAGCAGCCCUGCCAAUACUCUCCGCCAGGUCCUGAAGAUUUCAGAAGCUGACGAACUUCUGCAUAAACCUGAGGCGGUGGGGACCAUAUUAACACCAAUGUGUUGUCUCACUGAGGGAAUCCUGGUGCCCAUGGCAGCCUAUGUCGUUUCCCCCCAACACCCCAAACCUUGCUAGCCAGAUGUCCCUUCCUCCCUUGCUUUUCUGCUAUAGGUCACAGAAGGGCAGGACUAAGCCCAGCUACAUUCUCUACAAAAAUGCCUCAUCUGUCCCCCUCUGCCACACCUUCCCAUAACAGACACUUCAUGGACCAAGAAUGGCCUGUUUUAUCAAACAACAUCUGAGCAUGAUCACAACCACAAAGUCAAGAUGCCAAUGCUUCUCUCCUAAGGGAACGGAGGAGCUAUUUACAGAAAACCAGCUGCUCUUCAUAGCUGGACCAGAGGAAGCCUCUUAUCAUAUUCUCAGGAGCUUACAAGAGGAGGAGGGAAUGGAAUAGGGUUUAGGCCUAACAACCUUGACAACAGGAAUAACCUAACAUUACCCUAUCAGGCAAGUGCAGGUGGGGUACCUUGCUCAAGUUCAAAUUACUUGGAAAUGUUUCCUGAGCAACUCACCAGCCUAAGAAACCCUGACACCAAAGCUCAGGCACCAGAAGCUGUGGGCAAUGGUUGGCAGAAGUCAUGGCCCAAAUCUAAUAUGUAUCUCUUCCCAUUCAGUCUUUUUCACAAUUCCAUUUCCAGCUCAUCCAUGUCACUUGAGCCAGCUCUUAGGCAAUUUAAGAGAGGGUAAACCCAAAAUCUCUCAAUAGCCAGAACCUACCUUCUAGCAUUCAGACCAGGCCAGCUUCAGUUUGUUCCCUAUGGGGUUGCAGGAAAGAGUACUGUUAAAACUAAAGGAGCCCAAAAAACCUCUAGUGGUGUACAUUGGUUUACACCACAGCCUACUUUAAUCAAUUUUUGAGCCAAGCUUCAACCCUGAGCCUUGAGAAACAAAGUAACAAAGUCUUUUUUCUUUUAAUUUAACUUUUUUUUUUCUUUUGCCUCCUCCUAACUGUACAUAGCCUGAAUCCAAAGAAAAAGGGCUGUCUGUGUACUCAUACACCCUUAAGAAAAGCCUUUAGUUGCUACUUUAGCCACUGGUUUCUCAGAAUCCAAGAUCACAUAUUCUUGUGUAGUGUUGCAAAAAGUCUUGAGAAAAAAGGACCAAUGUAGUGUUCAAAAUAUUUUUGUAUUGUUAAUGCAUCAUCACAGAAAAACUUUUUUAAACAUGAGAAUAAAGAUACUUUUUACUGGGUUUGUUUUUCAA